AUGGCUCGCUUCCGAAAUAAAAAGAAGGUGUUUGUGAAACCAGUUUCCAAGAAGCAGCAGGCUACUGUGGACCAUGUCACAGGGGAUAAAAUCCCAAGGAGCUUUGUAUUUUCCAGAUUUAGGUUGCCUGGUCCUCUAAAACAACUUCAAGCGGAUCUGAGGAAGUUGAUGCUUCCCUAUACUGCUCUUAAGCUUAAGGAGAACAGGCGGAACAAACUUAAAGACUUUUUGAAUGUUGCUGGGCCUAUGGGGGUUACACAUUUCCUCAUGUUGUCGAAAACUCCAACUGCACCAUACCUUAGGGUUGCGAGGACACCUCAAGGCCCAACACUUACAUUUAAAAUACAGGAGUACUCUUUGGCAGUCGAUGUUGUUCGAUCUCAACUGCGGCCUAGAUGUCCUCAAGAUCUUUUCAAGAAUGCCCCUUUGAUCGUUCUUUCUGGUUUUGGGACUGGAGAGCAACAUUUGAAGCUCACAACAAUACUAUUUCAGAACAUCUUUCCAUCCAUUGAUGUUAACACUGUGAAACUCUCUUCAUGCCAGAGAAUUGUAUUGCUUAAUUACAACAAAGACACAAAACUGAUUGAUUUUCGGCAUUACUCCAUAAGAUUACAGCCUGUGGGUGUCUCCCGCAGAUUAAGAAGAUUUGUUCAGAACCAUCAAGUCCCUGAUCUAAGGAAUCUUCAAGACGUGAGUGAUUUUGUCACAAAGGCUGGCUAUGGGUCAGAAAGUGAAGCAGAUGAUGAAGCAGCAACAGUCACUUUGGCUAGUGAUCUCGGGAGGGUCAAUCGGGCUUCUACAAAAAGUGCUGUCAAGCUCCAAGAGAUAGGACCCAGGAUGACUCUUCAGCUCAUGAAGAUUGAGGAAGGAUUGUGCUCUGGUGGAGUCAUCUUCGAUGAGUUUGGAAAUGGUGAUGGUAAGAAAACCGAAGACAACCAUGAAGAUAUGGAAAGUGAUGAUGAUGAACAUGAUGAGGAAGAUGAAGAAAAUGACGAAGAAGAUGGUGAAGAUAUUGAGGAAGACUAG